AAGUAAACUCCCGUCAACUUUCCAUUCUCGCUCGUGUUUCCGUUUCAAAGGUCUGCUCGCCGUCAUACGUCACUGCUUUGCAUACACGGUACACGUUCACAUUAGUCUUUUCGGAAUUUAAUCGUACGCGGUGCUGUAACUCCGUGCAACUUGGUUAAAUUAAUCGUCACAGUUCCCUCUUGAAUUGAACCUCGAAACCGUGAACGGACACCGGUGUGGUAAACCGAGAACAAGAGGCGGAAAAAGGAGAAAUGGAUGCGAUCAAACCUGGAUGGUUCAGUGAAAUUAACGAUCUGUGGCCAGGUGUAUCAUUGUCCCUCGAGGUCGUCAAGGUGCUCCAUCGAGAACGAUCGCAGUAUCAGGACGUGAUGGUGCUCGAAACGAAAUCACAUGGAAGGACCCUAAUUUUAGAUGGUAUCAUUCAGUGCACGGAGAGAGACGAGUUUUCGUAUCAGGAGAUGAUUGCUUUCCUGCCAUUGUGCAGCCAUCCAAACCCAAAAACUGUUCUGAUAGUCGGAGGUGGAGAUGGCGGAGUUGCUCGUGAAGUAGCCAAACAUCCACAGGUAGAACGGAUCGUGCAAGUGGAAAUCGAUCCGAAAGUGUUGGAGGUAUCGAAAAAGUACUUGCCCUCGAUGGGUGUCGGACUGGAUCACCCUAAAGUCACGCUUAACAUAGGCGACGGUUUUCAAUUCUUGAAGCAGCAUAGUGGCCAAUUUGACGUUAUAAUCACCGAUAGCAGUGACCCAGUCGGUCCGGCAGAGUGUCUAUUUCAAGAAUCGUACUUUAACCUGAUGAAAAGUGCAUUGAAGCCAGGUGGAAUCGUUUGCAGUCAAGCGGGAACUGCAUGGUUAAAUCUCGACCACGUGACACAAACGUUGCAACGUUGUAAAUCUUUAUUUCCAAUUGCAUCUUAUGGCGUUGUUUCCGUGCCUACCUACCCUACAGGUCAAAUUGGAUUCGUGCUCGGGGGAUUAAAUCCUGAAACGAAUUUCAAAGAGCCAACAAAAGUUUUCAACGACACCGAGCUUGACCAGAUGAACAUGAAAUACUAUAACGAUCAAGUGCAUCGAGCAGCAUUUAUUCUUCCAAGGUUUAUAACAAAAGCAUUGGAGAAGUCACUCGCUAAAAACUAGUCAUCGAAUUUCUCUUAAAGAAAUAAUUUAAAACUUUUUUUUUAAAAUUGAAGACUUUUAACACAUCGGAAAUAUCAUUGUCGCCGCUUAUUGUUCAACUACCUCGUAUCCAAUCGUGAAUAAUCAUCGAAAUAUAUCUUAUAUCGCUUCAAUCCAUAUUAUUGAGUAUCAAUUUCGCAUCAAUCUUUUAAUUCUUCGCACAAAUGAGUAAUCGAAUUAAAUAAUUUAAACGUCAAAUUCUUUAAGUCCUUUUAUUUAUGCAAUACGUAUCUUUUCUUUUUCUUUUCUCUCUUUUUUAAUCAAAUUUUUAUACUAAAUAUUCGAAAACUAUCGAUAUUCGAGAAAUAAAUACUCUGAAUCUUUUAUGUAUAAUUUUUCUGUAUUGCAAUCAAAUUCUAAGAAUAUUUAUAUCGUAAGGACUUGAAGAAUCAAAAUCAUACAUAUAUGUCGCACUUUUGUCACUCGUUAUACCACAAGAUAUAUGAUAAAGAAAUGGAAACACACAGUUUCCAAUGAUCCACGACAAUGAAAUGUUAGAAACUCUUUAUUAUUUUUAAUAUAAUUAGGGCUAAUACCUACAUUCGAGAAUAGUCGUUGUAAUAUAAUUAUAAUAAAACAAUAUUCAUCGUCAUAAUCAUCUCGUAGCUGUACGUACAUUGUAAUUAAUAAUAAUAUAAUAAUAAUAAUAAUAAUAAUAAUAAUAAUAAUAAUAAACCAAUAAUAUAAUGUAAUCUAAUAUAAUAAUAUAAUAUUACAACUCGUAUAACAUUCCACGAUAAGAUUUAAUUGUAUUAGAUACAAUGGAUUAAAAAUAUCCUGUAUAUAAAUCUGGAUUGUCAAAAAACAAUGAAUAUAAAGUGUUUUAAAAUUUGUAAAAACCGUCUCUCUCUCUCUCUCUCUUCCACUGCGCUCUCUUCCUUUUUUUAACAUUAUCUUAAUGACAUAUACAUAUAUUUAAUACAUAAUAAUAUAUAGAGAAUCUAUCUAUCGUAUAUCAUUUUCCACCAUCUUUAUUAUUUAUAUUUAUAUAAUAUUUAAUUUUUUAUAUAUCAUGGCACUCUAUAAGUAUAUAUGUAUAUAAAAUAAAAAUACGAUUGGCGAUCGUUCUGAAAAUAUAUAACGCUAAAUGCAAUAAUGUAUAUAUACACAUACAUAUAUAUUUAUAUACUUGUAUAUAGAUCCCUUUGAAAAAAAAAAAAAAAAGUAUUUAACAAUAAUAAUGUAAAAUCUAUCUCCUCGCUUUUUUCUUUUUCCUUUCUUUUUUCCCCUCUGGAAAUGUUUGAUUUUUUCGUACAAAGGGAUCUUCGUUUCUCUCUCCUUCCUUUUUUUCCUUUUUUUCUUUUUCUUUUUUUUUUUUCUUUUUUUUUUUCAAA